AACUUCUGAGUACAGGAUUUGAGUACUAUCUUGGUAAGGUGUUCUUUUAAGAACUAAAGCGCGAGAGAGUAUACGACUUUUCGAUUCCGAUAAACAGCACAAAUCAUGCGGGAAUUGUGCUUCAUUAAGUAGCUAGGUCUAGUGUACGUACCUUCGUAAAACUAGAAUUGAUUCAACCGCACGACCACGAGGAAAUAUGAGGAUACUGUCUGCUUCCCGCCGCUUGCUUUCCGAAGUAACGUCCACGCAGCCCUCGAUGCCUCAUCGAUUUCUGCCAUUUCACAAAGCUCGCACAGUGAUGCACAGUCUCGGAUUGCAGUCGUGGCGGGAAUGGACGGCGUGGUGUGCAGCAGGGAUGCGUCAGAAACAUAUGAUUCCCCGUGCGCCUCAUAUUUCGUAUCGAGCUUGUGGGUGGCGUGGGUUUCCGGAUUUUCUUGGUUACGGGAAAACUUGCGAGAAGAAGCAGCGGAAGUCCUACAUGCAAGAAAGACAACUACCUCUAGAGACCUUUCUGUCCUUUGCGGCUGGAUCAUACGACUUCGAGAUUCUACCAAAGCGGGCAGUCUGUCAACUUGUCUUCCGUCCCAAGGGUGAACGCGGCAACGCCGUUUGGUGUCCGCUCAUCUUACGCUCCAUGAGAGAUGUUUACUCACCUUCGGCCUCCUUUUUUCUUCAAAGGCCGCGGCUCGCCGGUUGCGCCGGCGUGAUCUUCCUGGUGGCUUCGGAAGGAAGAUUUUUUUACUUCCCAGGAGAUUUACUGGUCCAGUGCGAACAGAACCAAAGACUUCAAAAGAAUGCACGCCGCAUGCUCCGGAUUCCUAGAAGUUUUGCGGACCGGUGUGAAAUUUUUGACCAGAAGGGGCUGACGAAGUGCUUGGAAGAGCACCGCCAAAAAUCGCAGUUGUUGCGCGAAGAGGAGUUCUGCACCGUUCUCUUUCCGGAAACGGAUAUCGGGCUGCAGCAGAUCUUACACCAGGCUAUAGAGUUCCUACGAAGCGAGUGUGGCGUUGCAGUUCAGAGACCGCGAUCUGCUGAAACCAGUAGCACAGCCCACUACGAGCUUGCGGACGGGAGGACCUUGUGUGCAAGAUUUUGUACUGUUGACGUGGACAGCGAGAAGCGUACGGGUCGCCGUGUAGAUCUUGGUUUAGGCCGAGAUAUCGCCCGAAACGUCACCAGAUCCAAGAAGUGUGCGUCCGAGCGGUGUCCCGAUUAUCUUCUGGCGAUCUGGCGCGACGACAAAACCGACCAGAAAGUGAGGGGGUUCUUCAUUUUUCCGCGAAAGUAUCUGCAGGAUCACGGCCAGCUAGCAUCGUUGGAAGAUGAACACUCGGGAAAGUCCGCGUUUUACGUCUACCCGCCAUGGUUCACGAGCAAUAGAUCAGAUUCCAAGAAACAUCAGGUCGAGCAAGAGAAGUUCUUUGUGGAUCUAUCCACCGUAGAGGGGGCACAAAAAUCAGUCCAGAAAGUGCAAAACGUCUUUUCUGUCGCGCGCAACAAACAAAACGCGCCACCUAGUGAGCAUAAUCAAGAAGAAGCUCGCCUGCAGCUUUUGCAAUUUUUGCUUUUCCAACAUCUCGGAAUGAACGCCCGAUUGGUGGUAAUGCACGCUGGAAAGUUGUUCAAAUUUGAUAUAGAUAAGUGUCGAAUCUGUCUUCAGCUGUCGGUGUGGUCUUCUCUUGUAUCUAUUUGGAGGGCGAGGCGAUAG